AUGCACUUAGCCAUAUUAGAUGCUAUGUUGAUUGGCAGAUCUAAACUCCAGAUGAAGACUUCUGCUAUCGCACAAGGAGACGAAAAAGAGAUGGAACCUGAAGAGAGGAGAGUGAAGAUGCGGUGUUCUGCGACGGAGAUAGCGGCGGCGAAGAGAGUGAAAACGAAACGUGAGAGAGCACUGGAAUUGGGCAAAGAUCUCUAUGAGACGAUGACAGAGAAAGGACCUGUUACUGGUAUACAGCGUGUUGCUGUCACAUGCACUGUACAGAACAACUAUGCAACAGUCCAAGCAAGAUCCUCUCUGGGGUGUAGAUUGGCCAAGUUUCUAUUUGCAUUUUCCAACUGGGUCAUGUUUGGAGAUUCUGGUGGUGGGGAUUCUGGACACGUGGUUUUAGGUAAUAAAACAUCCCCCAUUACUCAUGGUGCCUUUGCUGUGUCAUCAGACAGUCAAAUGCCCUUACUUGAAAGAGUGUUUAUGGAUUAA